AUGAGCCUGGCCUUCAUGUGCCUCAGCCUGCCAAAUCUGCUGCAGCAGCUGCUGCUGCUGCUGCUGCUGCUGCUGCUGCUGCUGCUGCUGCUGCUGCUGCUCCAGCAGCAGCUGCUGCUGCUCCAGCAGGCGCUUCUGCUCGCGCAGAUGUUCGUGGUGCUGUUCUCGCUGCUGCUUCUGCUGCUCCUGCUGCUGCAGCAGCAGCUGCUGCAGCAACAACGCAAGCUGCUGCUGCUCCUGCUGCUGCUGCGCUUGCCGCGGAGCAGCCGCAGCAGCAGUCGCAGCAGCAGCAGAGUGCUGCCAGCUGCGGCUGCAGUGCUGCCACUGCAGCUGCUGCUGCACGUUGCUGCGCUUUCGGGGGCCAUCCGAAUCCUCAAGCUGGGCCAGCUCUUCGGCGGCGUUGUGUCGUACUCACUGUAA